GAGAAACGAAACGUAGAAGAUGGAAGGAGAAAUCAGCAACUUCAUCAUGGUAUGGAGCUUAGCUAUGGCAUUACUUUGCUACAGCUACACAAUUGGCAAGAUCAUCCCUCAAGGUAAAACCAGACUCCUCGCCCUCUCACCACCCACAAUCCUCCUCUUCAUUCUCCCUCUCAGGCUCACCUCCAUGCACCUCGGAGCCCCUUCUUCCUUCUUCCUCGCUUGGCUUUCCACCUUCAACCUCCUCCUCUUCUCCUUUGGCAAAGGCUCCCUCUCAUCAAACCCCCCUCUUUCCCUCCCUCACUUUCUCCUCCUUGCUUGUCUUCCCAUCAAAUUCCAACCCCAACAUCACAAUUUCAAAUCGCAAUCAGCAACCACAACGAUGACCGCAGCAUCUAGAAUUAUUGAGUCUCCGCAGCUAGAUGAUGACCACAUCAACCGGCAUUUGUUUGCAAGUCCACAACCGAACCACCGCAAUAAAGUUAUUGCCAACAAAAAAUGGCAAUUCAACUACGAUAACUAUAGGUACACAAUCAUGGUUAUACUUUUUGCUUCAUGUGUUCCUCUCUACGAAAAGAAAGAAAAUUUCCACCCCAAGUUCACAAUGUUGUUGUACACUCUCCACAUGUACACGGGGAUAGAAAUCUCUUUUGCUUUUGUUUCCGCAAUGACUCGCAAAUUUUUACAAAUAGAGAUGGAGCCACAGUUUGAUGAACCUUAUCUCAGUACCUCGCUCCAAGACUUUUGGGGAAGAAGGUGGAACAUGGUGGUGACACGCAUCCUCCACCCCGCCGUGUAUGUUCCGGUGGUCAACGCCUGCAGCCACGUGAUAGGGAGGAAGUGGGCCCCUCUCCCGGCUGUGGUGGCUACUUUCACGGUGUCAGGGAUGAUGCAUGAGGUGGUAUUCUACUACAUCAAGCAUGAGAAGCGCACGUGGGAGCGUUGGGAACCCUCAUGGGGUUCCAUCUGCUUCUUCAUUCUUCACGGGGUGUGUUUGGCGCUAGAGAUUGGAGUGAAGAAGGUGUUUUUUAAAAAGAAGUGGUCGUUGCCAAGGGUGGUGUCGCGCACCCUCACGGUGGCGUUCGUGGCGGGGACUGGGGUAUGGUUGUUUGUGCCGGCGCUUGCUGGGUGUGGGGCGUUUGUGAAGGCGCAAAGAGAGUUUGUUGCGGUUGUUCAGUUCGUGAAGAAUGUGUACACACUAAUGUCAUAAGUUUUUAUUUCAGGUGAUUAACGUGUUAGUGGUGCAAUAUUGUAUGUUAAUGUUUAGUUUGGGAAAAUAACUUAAUUAAGCGUUUAUGAUCAUAAGUGCUUAUGACAUAAGCGCUUAUUUAUAAGCUAUUUUAAAAAAUUUAUUGAAAAAAAUUGAAAAUAAGCUAUAAUAAGCAUAAACUCUUUUUCAUAAGCUAUCAUAAGUAGCUUAUAAAAAUAAGCUCAAAACAGCUUAUGAUAGCUGUUUGCACAAGCUCUUUCAAAUAAUGACAUA